AUGGCCAGCAACGCUGCGAACCGUCGGAAAUUCAUUAAUUCGCUUCGAAACUUCAUGCAGACUUGGGGAUUUGAUGGUGUGGAUCUCGACUGGGAGUAUCCAGGGGCAGACGACCGUGGCGGUGUUCCCGAAGAUACCGCUAACUUCGUCGACCUCUUGAAAGACAUGCGAGACGAUUUCCAAGGUGAAUAUGGAAUUAGCGUUACUUUACCUGCCUCAUACUGGUACCUGCGCUGGUUCGAUCUACCAGCAAUGCAGGAACAAGUUGACUUUCUAAAUAUCAUGACCUACGAUAUCCAUGGCGUUUGGGAUGCGUCCAACAAACAUACAGGGACUGGACUUAUUAUGGAGGAAUAA